CUUGGAUGGCUUAAUUGAAAGCCAAGUCAGGUGGUAUCGCGUUCUAUCGUCCACUAAUUUACGUGUAAAGGUACCUACAUGUACCUGCCUGGCGCUCUUAAAGGUGGGACCUCGGCGGAACGCGGGUCUGGGCAUAGCACCUGCCCCGUAAUACGCGCUGCCCGCAUCUUAAUUGAUUUGAUCGAGUCCAUCUCCAAUUCGAAUUCGAAUGCACAACAUCAAGAGUCACAACACACCACCACCACUCUCGUUCGUUCACCGACAACCAACAAUCGCCCGCCCAACUCGACGACGUCCCAUGCGUUUUGGGAUCCGACUUCAAUUCACAUGGAGGUUGAUUGGGACCGACGUUCCGAGCCUUCUUCAUGACUCGAAACAACCUUAGCGACCAACUGUCCUGGCUGCUGGCUAACGUCCGUCUCCUCACUCCAAACGCGCCCUCCCUGCCGCCCAUACGUGAACCCGCCUCGUCCGCAUCCGCAUCCGCAUCCUCUCCCGUUGACGAGACCGUCUUCUUUACUCCCACCUCAGAGCUAUCGCCCGCGACGCGUCCGAAUGACUUCGCAGCUGCUGGUUCCAAUCCCGUCCUGGCCAAGGACCCGAGCUACCCCUCUGUCGCUACCUCGGUAUCGGCCGAUGCGAGUACGGUGCCCGGACUUGCAUCACGCGGGAAUCAACUCGGAGGAGCCGUAACGGCGAACAUGGGCCGUCUCGUGUCCAAGUCAACCUCGAAAAGACCAACCCUCAUUUUUCAGCAGGAGCAUCUUCCUACGCCGGCCCCGACAGCUGCAUCUGGUGCCUCACUAUCGAGCGAUUACCCAGCAUUUCUAGCCAAAAACUCUGCCAAAAGCCGAGUAGCUGCUCAUAAUGCACUUGCGGAAUCACGGUCCGAGGGCGUAUCCCUCACCCCGAGACCUACCCGCCCAAUCACUCGUAAUGUUGAGACAGUUGACUUGACGACUGACGGCGGCUCUGUCUCGACCGUUUUUGGAAGCGAUACUCGGGUAUGGAGGGAGGACUUUGCUUCUCGACCCGAACCCAUAACCCCCAGCGAGAACUCGGAAUUUGUCUUUAGCAGUAGCAAAAUGGUCUGGCGUGAGGAUUAUGCCGCCCGACCUGGCCCAGUUUCCAACGACACAGACUCCAUCGCAUUCGGCAACGACGUCAUGGUGUGGGAGGAAGACGCCGCUCGGCGGCCAGACCCUUUGUCUACCAAGCGUGGACAGAAGCGGAAGAGUGAUCAAAUCAGCAAACCACCGACCAGCUCUACGGAUGAUUUUCCAGACAUCAUGGAUCUUCUCUCUGACGAUGAAAUUUUGCAAUCAUCAGCGAAGCCAUCUCCCACAAAGUCGCCGGCUAGAAGAAGGCUUAAGACUAGUCCCGUCGGAACACCGUCUAAAAGCAAAACUGUUAUCAAAUCUCCUUCAAAAUCGCCCUCGAAACUAAGAACAGCUCUUGCUUAUGAUCUGCCCUCUGUCAAACCUCAGCGCGGUGAAUUGUCACCUCUCAAAACCCCCCAGAAAAGCUCCACUUCGGAUAAAUUGGAGCUUUCCCAAGCCAAACUAGACUCAUUACUUUUGGAUUCCGAUUCGGUGUUUGGAAGUGACAUAGAACAAGCUUCGAAGCACAAAGCAGGGCCAUCACGUCAUGUGAGAAGCGAUACGCAGGUUAUACAAGACUCGGAUGAAGAUGAAGUCAUGACUCCACCAACAUACAGAGAGCCUGAAAGCCCGAUAUUGGAAACCGAUAGUCCCACUACGAGGCGAAAUAUCGGCUCUCAACGUAGUCAAUACACUGCUAUCCAAGAUACGCCUUCCAAGAAUCGUUCACUAGUUUCAACUCAGACCGUGACUGUGUCUUGUUCACACAAAAUGAGUCAGAGCAAAAAGCAACCCCAAAUCAAACCGAUCGAAAUUCUCGAUGAAGUCGAGCCCAAGAAAGGCGUUGAUUCUGCCUCUAGUAGCCAAAUUAAUGUUCCAUAUGACGAUGAGAAGCUGUCAGCUAUGCUUGAAGUGUUUCUUCGUUAUCCAUCGAUUAUCGAGAUAAAACGAGCUCACUUGGAAGAGGGUCUGUGGCAGAACAGGGAAAGUUUCAGACGGUCACUCCAAGAAGGUUCACUUGAACCUAGAGAGCGUCUGAGGCGCGACAAAGAGCAACUGGUGAAGCAGCAAGCAGCGCUAGAAGUACUUAGCAAAGAAUACCGGUCUUGCGAAGAAUUGGCUAAGAAGAGAGAUGCCCUUAUCGCUCGCAUCGCCGACGCGUAUGAGCACGAUUUGAACACAGAUGAGGACGAGACGCAGCUACAAGGACUGGACGCCCAACUGAAAAAUCGCCAAGAUGCAUUAAAGAUCCACUUGGCGAAUGCUGGCAUCAACGACCCUGCCAGCUUCGAAGACAAAGCAACCAGUGCGCUCUACGCCUCGAAGUCCGAGUCGAUUGUACAAGCUACACAAGCUGCUCAGCCCAAGCCGCCAUUAAGUUUGUCUCGGGAAAGUAGUCAAAUCCCAGGUGCGGGGAGCACACAAGUCAUAAUGCAGACUCAGGUCCUGCCGCGACCUGACACUCAUCAACUAGGAGCUGGUACUCGUUCAAGUGAACCGCCUAACUCACAGACGGGGAGAGAUCAAUAUCCAGCUCUCUCAUCACCACGUCGUGUGCCUCGAAGUGAGCACCCUAGCUCGUCAGGAAUGGGAAAAAUAGGCACUGCAGCUCCCGCCCCACAUGCAUUUGAUACUAUGGAUUAUGAGGGUGAGGAUCUUGAGGCUGAUGACUUUCUACCAAGUCAUACUCUGCCCACACAGACGGUCCGUCAGUCGAACACCGCGAAGAGCCGGAGAAGCCCAAGGAAAGAAGUCGUUCCUCGAAGGAUAGGAUACGAAAGCGAUUACAGUGAUGAUAUUGACAUCACAGAAUUAGCGCGAGAAAUUGAGUUUCAACAGUCAUCAGCGGAAGCUAAACCCCCGAAUACGGCGCGUACUGUGCUCUCCGAAACAUCGGGUAAUCUGGGAGCGCGUAAAGACAAGCCGACUACCAAGAAGAAACAAACCACGACAGCCGCUCCGGUCUCACCUCGGCACAAAAAGUUUCCCUGGUACAAGGACGUCAAACGAGCACUCAAAGACCGUUUCAGGAUGAAUGGUUUUCGGCACAACCAGCUCGAAGCGAUCAAUGCCACACUCGCAGCCAAUGAUGCCUUUAUUUUGAUGCCAACCGGGGGCGGGAAGUCUCUCUGCUAUCAACUGCCUGCUGUAGUAGCUAGCGGGAAAACCAGUGGUAUUACCGUUGUUGUGUCGCCUCUCCUCAGUCUGAUGCAAGAUCAAGUCGAACAUCUCAGGGCACUCAAUAUUGCAGCAGCAACGUUCAACGGGGAAACCACGGCCGCAGCGAAAAAAGAAAUCCUGGAUGCAUUGAAGCAAAGGCAUCCAGACCAUUAUUUCCAACUUCUCUAUGUUACGCCAGAGAUGAUAAAUAAGAGCGUUAUCUUUCUGAAUGGCUUGAAAUGUCUAUAUGACAACAAUAAACUUGCUCGUCUCGUCAUCGAUGAAGCACAUUGUGUUAGCCAAUGGGGUCACGACUUUCGACCGGACUACAAGCAGUUAGGCGUAUUUCGUGAACGAUUUCCCAGAGUCCCCAUCAUGGCCUUGACAGCUACUGCAACACAAAAUGUUAUCAUGGAUGUAAAACACAACCUCGGUAUCGACAAGUGUGAGCAGUUCACGCAAAGCUUCAACCGGCCCAACCUGUAUUAUGAAGUCCGGAAAAAGGAGAAGGACAAUAUUACCACCAUUGCUGAGCUGAUCAACUCAAAAUACCCUGGGAAAACUGGCAUUGUUUAUACCCUCUCCCGAAAGAAUGCGGAGACUAUUGCAAAGAAGCUGCAAGGUCAAGGGAUUGCCGCUCAUCAUUAUCAUGCUAGCGUAGAGGCGAUAGAAAAGGCACGAGUACAGCGGGAUUGGCAGCAAGGAAAAAUCAAGGUCGUUGUUGCUACCAUUGCUUUUGGAAUGGGCAUCGACAAGCCUGAUGUGCGUUUCGUUAUCCACCAGUCACUUCCCAAGAGCCUCGAGGGGUACUAUCAAGAAACAGGCCGUGCAGGCCGUGAUGGCAAGGCAUCUGAAUGCUAUCUCUACUUUGGUUUCCAAGACGUUACUACACUUCGAAAAUUAAUCUCCGACGGCGAGGGCAGCGACGAACAGAAAGAACGACAGAGGCAUAUGCUUGGUGUUGUUACCAGUUUCUGUGAUAACCAGAGUGACUGUCGCCGAGUAGAGAUUCUACGCUACUUUGGUGAAACAUUCACUAAAGGCCAAUGUCGCGGCACUUGCGAUAACUGCAUGUCUAAAGAUCAGUUUGAAAUGAAGGACUUCACUACCUACGCGCUUGCUGUGUUGGAGAUUGUGAGGUCAGCGGAAAGGAUAACGCUUGCACAAUGCACUGAUUACCUCAUGGGCAAGAAAAAGAAAUCGGAUUACCAACCUGUCAUAGAGCAAUACCAUGGCAUGGCAAGACAUUUGCCCAAACAUGAAGUUCACCGUAUUAUCGAUCUGUUACUUGCUGAGGAGGCACUGAAGGAGGAGAACAUAUUUAGGAAGGCAACGAGAAUGGCGAUCCAAUAUUACAAAAUUGGAAGGAUGGCGCGCGUUUUUCUCAGUGGUGGGCGCCAACUUCGGCUAACUACCCGCGUCAAGGGCGGUGGUGGUAGUCAUAUUGGCGCCGCAAGCGUUCAAAGACGCUUGGACACCCCGACGGCUCCAGCUACUAGGAAGGAACAUGCGGUGCAAUUCACUUCCACUCUGGUGUCCUCGCCAGCCCGGAAAUCAGCCAGCAAGAAGAAGGGCAAAGCCGUGGCAAAUGUUGACGAGGAUAGUGACGAAGACUUCGGCACGCACAGCAACGGAUAUGGCCAGGACGGUUUCGUAGUGGAUGACGACGACAACACGGACGAUGAUUUUGAAACAAUGCCGGCUCCCGUGGCUAGACGUCGAAAGACAACCACAGUUGGGCCACCUAUAUCGCAUGAUGCUCGCCUAAGCGAAGAGAAUCUGACAGACGUUCAAAAAGACAUACUUGAAAGCUUCUUCAAGGAUGCUCAAAAACAGGAAGAGAAAAUCAGAACUUCAAAUGGGCGAAGGGCGCCUCUCUUUUCCCAGCUUCAGCUUCGUGAGAUGGGGUUGCGAUGGACCGUUUCUUUGGACCAAAUGCGGCGAAUUCCGGGCAUCGAUAGAGACAUGGUGACUCGAUAUGGGGAUAAAAUGCUCCCGCUUAUUCAGCGAUACCAUCAACAAUAUCAGGAAAUCAUGGGCGUAUCGUCGGAGCCGCCUACUCUACCCUACUUAGGCGAGAUCGUGGACUUAGUAACCAGCGAUGAUGACGAUGACGAUGACGACCAGGAUAUGGAAGCCAUUGAUGAUGAUGAUGAUGACAAUGACGACGACGAUGAUGACGGAGAAGGCGAAACUUCGGGCUAUUUCCAACCGUCUGCCGUGGAGAGGACGUUUAUGGAGAAAUUCCAACGCGCCAAUCAACAAGAGGGUUCCUCUUCUAAUUCCCGUGGGCGUAGCCCAGGCAGCGGGAGAGGAGGCAAGGGCAGUUGGCGCGGCGGGAAGAAGCAAUAUGCGUCAAGGCGGUCGUCUGGCGGUAAAUAUGCAGGUGUCAAAAAGAAAGGCGCCGCAUCUAAGAGAAUAGCAAGUGGUCAGGCUUCCCGAGGUGGGUCGGGGGGUAUAUCACAGAGCAGAGCCACUCCUGCUGCGAGAGGCAGGGGCAACAGAUCACAAGGCGUCGGUUUCGACGGUAUCGGGCUCAUGGAUCAUUAGCUGAACCAACGACAUAAAAUCCAAGAAGCUUUUCUCUUCUCACUAUGGGCUGGCAUGGAGUGUAGGCGGGAACACGGCGCAGGGCCUGGUCUUUUAUCAUCGAUGAUUUAAGCGAUCGCUUCCCGCUACUGCAUUAUACCUGUCUGGCUCUUCCAAGCAUUGUUUUUUUUUAUCUCAUGCAUGGCGUGGCGUCCUUGUCUGUGUGGCAUACUUUGUGUUUCUGCUAACGUUGUGCCUGUCUCUCUUCCAAUGUAGCAUAAAUAAUAUAGUUAAGAGCAUCUAUGGUAUGGUCAUGACGUGGGCAUGAUGAGUAUGGUAUGGUAUGGUAUGGUAUUGGCGCGUUGCUUGUUAAGACCUUAUAGUAGUACCUACUUAUUGACAUGAACGAAUCAAUGGAAGAAUACCUUGCCUGGUUUACUCGAAG